AUGACUAUCGCGCCAUGGCUUGUGCGAAAGGAAGCUUUCUGCCGAGACCUUCAACUGGGCCCUUUAGUUCUCGUCUCCCAACUUGGUGCCAAUCCCCUUUACGAUAGGCUAACCAGGCACACUAAUCUCCUGCUGGAAAAUAAAGACACCUUUACGAUGGAAAGCUGUUAUCUUCUUGACUCGAUUGAGCACCAGGAACUAGAUAGUUUGUUGAAGGAAAUUACCAAGCAAUGCUUCCUUAUAAAUGCGUUGGUGAAGCAUGUAGGAAAUACCUACCACUCCGUACUAGAAACUACAGCUAUGAUUUGUGGGCCCACUUUUUCACGGGCGUUUAUUAAGUCCUUAUCACAACCGCGAGGUUCUUGGGGUAUUCCAAUAUCCGAGAAGAUAAAGGAUAAACUACGUAAACCCUCGUUGCUAGUUCGUUUUCUUAGAGGGAUGUUCGCGUUGACGAUUAAAUAUUCAAAAGGCGAAAAAGUUGUGGUUAAAGUGUUUGAAAACACCAGAGUCCUUGAACUUAAACAAAAAAUUGAAGAACUUAACAAAGUUCCCGUUCGUGAACAAAGAUUAAUUUACUCUGGCCGUUUACUAAAGGAUGACGCGCAUAUUAAAGAUUAUGAACUUAAAGAAGGUUCCGUAGUCCACUUAGUAAGGAAUACUGAACCGGCAACUUUUGCAGCUCCUCAACGAAAUCUUGAACCUACACCCGGCACGAACCCUCUUCUAACUCGGUCGGGGCUCGCAGAGAUUAGUAGAAACAUUCCUAAUAUGCACCAAAUUGUUUCUCAAACAUUCUCUGAUCCGCACUUGCGAGAGAUGUAUUUUCGGGAAUACCCCGAAAUAGCGCACAUGAUCAGCAAUAAUCCGCAACUCCUGAGUAUACUGCAGAAUCCUGACCAAAUUCGGCAAGUUUUUGAUUUUCUCACUCAACGCCAGCAAGCCUCCCCACCGAUCACUGCGGAAUUGUUAAGGAGAUCCAUCAACAACGCUAUGAGGCAUCUCCACGUGGAUGAUCGCACCACGCGGCCAAUAUCUUCUGAAGAAUUUUAUCAGUGUUUGUCGCGGGAACUACUAUCUUGGCUCACUAAAGUCAAUGAAAACCGGAUACGUCGCCAGGGAGCACUGCCAAGGGUGUAUGUGACUGCAGAGCAACUCAAGACUGCUUGCGCUACUGCCAUGAGAACGCUUCACUUGGAAUAA